AUGCAGACAAUCUCAGCCAAAGUUGUGCACUUGGGAGAUCAGUUAGAGAGUGUGCAUUCUCCACGAGCUCGAGCCUUCGAAGCCUUACAGUUGAUGAAACACUUUGAUGAAUUCAUGGCUGAUCAACCUUUAAGCUCACCAAUCUUCACUGAUCCGGAUAGGGUGGGUUUUUUAUUUUUUUUUCAAUUUGAAAAUUAAAAAAAAUUUUUUUUAAGUUAAAAAAAAGUUUCUAAAAUUGCCCGUUUUCAGCUCCUAGAAUCCGCCGAAAUGAUCCACAAGCUCUCAUCAGUAUCUCAAGAGCUAGUUCGAGACCGUUUCCAACAAGUUCAACAACGAAUUGCUCGAAAGUACGUCGAAAUCGAAGAACUAUUGUACCGUGAAUUCGAAAGAACGUUGGACAAGAAACGUCUCCGUGAAAUCGCCAGUGUUUUGUCCGAAUUUAGGUGCUUCUCACGGUGUGUAGAUGCGUUUGUUGAGCGUGCACAACAAGGCGCCUUUCAUUCGGACAAUGUUUUCGAUGACAUUCAACAUGUUUGUGAGAAAACCAAGCCACUGAUCGAUGAGAUAUUCCCGGACCCGAAUUUGGUCAUGAACAAGUUGAUUCUGAAUCUGUUUCAUGGUAGGUUUGGGGAUUUUUCGGGCUCUUUUUUUGGAAUUGCUUUACCCUACCCUAAUAGUUAAGUUGGGUAAGGUAAGGCAGGGUAGUUUGAAUACAGUGGAUAAGAUGGUGCAUGUAGUGUAGGGCAAACUAUGAUAAGGUGCGGUGGUGUAGGGUAGGGUUUCAUCGAUGACUAUUACCGGUCUCAACGUGCUCCUACUCACGCUUUUGCUACCCUACUUUACUCUGCUCUACCUUACCUACCGCUAUCUUAUCCUACCCUACCCGGCCUUAUCCUGCCCUACCUUACUUUACUUGUGAUACCCGUCUGCCUUGUCCUGAUCUAUACUUCCCUUUACUUCUAUCCGCAGUCCCCCUUGUCUUGCACGUGCCAUGAAUUCCCAUGCCCUGCUUUGCUCUUGCCCUGUUUUUCCACGCCUUGUCCAUCAUGUCAAGCCUUGUGUUACCUAUUGCAAACCCAGCCGAUAAACGCAUUUUUAGCGACAUUACCUAAUAUUGUUAACUAUAAUAGAUAGCCUUAGAGAAAUUGCAAGAAAUGGUAUUACGCAACUUUUUCUUGUGUAAUAUUAUAGUUUUAUAUCAUAUUUGCCUCGGUGUAAUACGACCCAACAAAUGACUGCGAGUGCUGGGAUUUUAGUCCAUUUUUCUUUGAGCUAUUAUUAACUAACGACCGGUCGGCAAAAACACAAUAAGCCUAAGCCUAAUAAGUCUGGGCUUGCUGAGCCUGAUGAUGCUAAUCCUGCAUAUGAAACCUGAGCAUACUUAGUCUUAGAUUUCUAAGCCUACGUAUUCACACUUAAGCCUACUUAGCCUAAGCCUAAAAGUUUAAUACUCAGAUUAAGCCUACUAAACCUAAGCCCACGUCCAGUAAGCAUAAGCCUACUAAGCCUAUUCCUACUAAACCUUAUACUGCUAAGCAUAAGCAUAAUAAGCCUAAGCCUACUAAGUCUAAGUUCACAAAACAUGAGUCUAAGCCGGCUAACCCUAAGCCUAUUAAACGAAAACUGACUCAUACUAAUUCUAGGCCAACUAUGUCUAAUCUUACUAAACCUAAGCUAAUAUAUUUUCUUUAUUGUUUUAUUCUACCAUAAUGUUUCUAACAUGAAGCUACCGUAGUAAAAUCGAUAUUUUCAGGUAAACUUCAAGAGACCUUAUCCAUGAAGUUGGACGAUUCCAGAAACGAAUCCGAGCAAUAUUUGCGAAACCUAAAGGACUUCUAUUUGAAUACCGAACGAUUAGGCGCAGCACUUAAGGUGUACCAAUCCGAAUCCGACCAACAGUUCAUAACAACACUCAUCCAAUCCCUUUUCAACCCAUACCUAAAAGAGUAUCCGGAAAUCGAGGAGAGAUUCAUCAACGAACAGUGCCAAUCUAUUUUGAACAGUUACUACGAGAACAAAGGACAUCAGAAGCGGAACCUGUCGGCUGGAGGGCUGGGCGAGUUCAAACGAGACCUUCAGGCUAGGCUACUGACUGUCGAGAACUUUGGCGGUGAAACGUUUCUGUCAGAAGAAGUGGCAAUCAACAUACUUCAGGAGCUGAAAAAUGCUUUCACGAGAUGCAAUUUGGUGCGUUUUUUUUUGGUUUAGAAGAGUUAAAAUACAUAUUGUACUUGAUCGUGAUGCAAUUUGGUGAUGUUUUUGGUUUAUAGGGUUAAAAGUUAUUUAUAAGGAGUGAAGCAUAUAUAUUGUACUUGAUAGUAGGGUCAGGAAGGGGAGCUUUAAAAUUAGAAAGGGGCGGGUAAUUUAAAAAAAAUUUCUGAAGCUUUUAGGCACUUUGGAAUAGGUACCAGAGACGUCGUUUGGGGGGGGUAGUUCGGGGUGACUCCCCCCCCAGAGCCGAUCCGAAAAAAAUCCACAGGUAGGUACGAGACCUGUACGCGGAAAAACGAAAAAAAAAUUUUUUUUGAAAAAUCGGUCCACAGGUAGCAGAAAGGACCUGUGGACCAAAAAAAUUUUUUUCGACCUACCUCCCCCCCCCAGAGAAAAACCGUAGCGACGUCCCUGAUAGGUACGUUAAUGUAAAGCAAGGUAAAAGUAGGGUAGGGUAAGUUAAGGUAAAGAUACAAUAUUAUAAGAACGAAAAGGGUGGUAGGAUAAAGUAUAGUAUGGUAGGCGUGGAUAAAGUUGGCAUUUUGUGGCUUUCAGGGACAGGACGGUAGGAUAAAGGUUGGCUAUGGGCCGGACUUCAAAGUCAGUUAGGGAAACGUAAAAUAAGGUAGGGAGUAAAGCAAAGGCAAGCUAAGGGUCGAGUAAAGCAGAUGAGGGUAAGAAAUGGUUGGGUAAAGGAAGGAAUGAUUAAGGGUGGGUUAAUGUAGGGUAUACUUUAGGGUAUGGUACCGUAAAAUAAGGAUAAUGUGUGUAUCGGGUAGGGUAAGAUAGGAACAGGGUAGUAGGAUAUGAAAAAAGUACGGGAGGGUAAGGUAAGGGGGUCCGGUAAGUUAUAAUAGAUUAGAGAAAGAUAAAGUAGAGUAAGGUAGGGUAGGGUAGGGUAAAGUAGGGUAGGGUAGGGUAAAGUAGGGUAGUGUAAGGUUGAGUACGUUAAUUUAGGUCAGAACAGGAUAGGGUAUGGUAGGGUAGGGUAAAGUACAGUAAUGUAAACAACUCUUAUACCAGCCUUUUUCAGAUGUGCAAAAAAGCCGCUUCAAUCCCGAUGGUUCAAUCCCUAUUCGACCUUCUUCUAAAAUAUCUCUAUAAUGAACACGUUGACUACGCUAUCGAACUGGCAUUGGCCGGGAUUUCAUUGGCUGGCCCGAGGACUGAACCCCCAACCAACUUCUUCGCCGUAGUACAACAAACGGCAGCUGUUACACAUUUAUUCAUCAAACAGUUUGAGGAUUUGAUCGCUCCGUUGGUUAAGUAAGUAAUUAGUAGGUAUGGGUAGGGUAGGGUAGAUAUAUUAAUAUACUUUGUUAUAAUAGGAUAGAGUAUGGUAUUUUAGGGGUAAUGCAUCCAUUUUAUGAUGUUAUUAUGAGGUAUGGUAUGAUUAGGUACUGUAGGUAGGACAUGGCUAUAAUGUUGGAUAGGGUACUGGGUACGGUAAGAUUUUGUACUGUAGUAAGGUACUGUAAGCUGGAGAGGACACCGAUGGUUUGGUUGGGUACGGUAGGCUGACGCUUGUGUGGGUACUGUAUCGUGAGUAGGAGUAGGGAUAGGAGUAGGGGUAGGGGUAAGAGUAGGGUAUAUUAUAACAGUGCUGUCACAAACAAUAUCGUUCCAAAAGUUCAUAGAAUCUACUUUUUAAAUAAGGUCAAAAAGUUCAUGGAACCAUAUUUUAAGUUCCGGUCCAAAAGUUUGUAGAAUCAAUUUCAUAUUUUAGGUCAGAUAGUUCGUAAAAUCAAUUUCUUUCGGUCAAAAAGUUCAUAGAAAAAUGUUUUUACAAUGUAUAAUUCACUGCCAUUUCCAGAGACACCUCAGUUCAAGAACGCAUCAACUCGGAACGUGACCGUACCCUCCUCAACGUCGAAACCCGAAUCAACCUCGGUCUGGAGCGCCAAAUCAACGCCCUGGUCGGCUAUGUCAAGUUCAUCCUGAGUACGGAGCAAAAGCGGUCGGACUUCAAGCCGGAGGACGAGAAUCGACCAAUCUCAUCCAUGUCCAAAGCCUGUGCUCUGGUAGUACGGUACGUUCAAACAAUGUACGAUCGGAUUACCGAGUCGGUGGAUGGAAAGAAUCUGGCCGCGGUGUUGACGGAAUUCGGCCAUGGCUUCUAUUUGGCCGUCUUCAAUCACGUCAAAGCUUUCAAUUAUAAUCCAACUGGAGCGUUACUACUUGUUUGUGACAUCAAUGAGUAUAUGUAAGUUGGUUUUUGUUAUCUUUAUUGGGAGGGGGGGGCUUGAGGACCUUGCUAUGGCAUUUUUCUACUAAGGGAGGGGGAGGGGGAAGUUGAUUUUUAGGAACAGGGACGUGAAUAGGGAGAUUGGCGGGGUUAAAUAGGGGGUGGAUCAAAUGAAAAGUUUUUUGGCUUUGAUUUUAGGUUGGCGAAGCUGGUUUUCUGGUCAAAAAGUUUAUAGAAAAAAGUAUUUUUACUACAAUUUUUCAUAUACUCUGCUUAUUUGUUGACCGAUUUGCAAUUUUCGCGGUCAAAAACUUUGUAGAACCUUUUUUCCCGCUCAGCCGAAAAGCUUUGUAGAAUCAUGGUUUCCACCUACUUUUUGACCGAUUUAAAACUUCUUUUUGGUCAAUAAGUCCGUAGCAUUUGAAUCUCUAUGAAAUUCCGGAAAAAGUUCGUAGAAAAUUUUUUUAAACUCGGAAAAAAGCUUGUAGAAUAGGUUUUUCUACGUACUUUUUGACCGAUUUAAAACUUCUUUUUGGUCAGUAAGUUUGAAGAAUUAGAAUAUCUAAUGUCCAAGAAUUUUCCAACCAACUCGAUUUUUUCGUGGUCAAUAAUUGCGUAGAAUCAGGGUCUCACUUUACUUGUCAUUCUCAGGAAGUGCGUGACAGAAUGGCGGAUCCCAGAAGUCCGACGUCAAUUCGAAAGUCUUCAUGCCCUAUCAAACUUGAUGGUAGUUCGACCAGACAACCUGGUCGAAGCCGUAGCCGCGGCUUCGUUAAGCGAAAUGGACCGAAAUGUGGUACAGUCAUUCUUGAGACUGCGCGAAGAUGCCAGGGAAUGCCAAUUGUUCUUAAGCACAAUGUGA